GAAUCAUCUUGACUCUGUAAUUCAGUGUGAAUUCUUGUAGUGAGGAGUGUAAUUUUGAUUCUCACCGAUUUCCACGGAAAGCACUGAAGAAAAGUGGCAGUGCAAAAUGUCUGAUGGUAGGAGGAAGGGAAUACAUUUCAGCAAACUCUAUUCAUUCUCGUGUUUUCGGUCUUCAUUUAGAGAUGAACAUAGCCAAAUUGGGGGAAGAGGUUACUCUAGGGUUGUUUAUUGCAAUGAUCCUGAUAACCUGGAGCAAAUUCAGCGUGGUAACUAUGUUUCCACCACUAAAUACACCGCAAUUAAUUUUAUUCCCAAGUCACUGUUUGAGCAGUUCAGGAGGGUUGCAAAUAUAUACUUUCUUGUUGUAGCCUGUGUUUCAUUCAGUCCGUUGGCGCCCUAUAGUGCUGUAAGUAUUCUUGCUCCUCUUCUGGUAGUAAUUGGAGCAACCAUGGCUAAGGAGGGUGUGGAAGAUUGGAGGCGCAGAAAGCAGGAUAUAGAGGCCAAUAAUCGAAACGUCAAAGUGUAUGGUAGAAAUCAUACCUUUUAUGAAACCAAAUGGAAGAAAUUACGAGUUGGUGAUCUUGUUAAGGUAUACAAAGAUGAAUUUUUUCCUGCUGAUCUGCUUAUGCUUUCAUCAAGCAAUGAAGAUGGGGUAUGUUAUGUUGAGACCUCGAACCUUGAUGGAGAGACUAAUCUGAAGUUGAAGCAUGCUUCGGAUGUGACAGCCCGUCUGCACGAUGAGAAUUCCUUUCAGCAGUUUAAGGCAAUGAUCAAGUGCGAAGACCCAAAUGAAGAUCUUUAUUCAUUUGUUGGAACUUUAUACUAUGAUGGUCAGCACCACCCACUUUCCCUGAAACAGAUUCUUUUGAGAGGUUCUAAACUAAGAAACACUGAGCAUAUUUAUGGUGUGGUCAUUUUUACUGGGCAUGACACAAAAGUUAUGCAGAAUGCUACAGAUCCUCCUUCUAAGAGGAGUAAGAUAGAGAGGAAAAUGGAUAAGAUAGUUUACAUCCUUUUCAGUACUCUGAUUUUAGUAUCUUUUAUUGGAUCUUUCUUUUUUGGAAUCGAAACUAAGGAAGAUAUUCAUGGUGGAAGGUAUAAAAGGUGGUAUCUUCGUCCAGACAAAACGACUGUGUUUUAUGAUCCCAAAAGAGCUUCAUUGGCUGCAUUUCUUCAUUUCUUGACAGGCCUUAUGUUGUAUGGAUAUUUAAUCCCGAUAUCGUUAUAUGUAUCCAUUGAGAUUGUAAAGGUCUUACAGUGUAUAUUCAUUAACCAAGAUCAGGAAAUGUAUGAUGAGGAAACAGAUACACCAGCGCGUGCACGCACUUCUAAUUUGAAUGAGGAACUUGGUCAGGUUGAUACAAUACUGUCUGACAAAACUGGCACUUUGACAUGCAACUCCAUGGAGUUUGUUAAAUGUUCAAUAGCAGGCACUGCUUAUGGCCACGGUAUGACAGAAGUAGAGAGGGCCCUGGCUAAGAGAAAAAGGGGUGGGCCACCUGAACUUGGUGAUAUUUCCUCAGACUUAGCAUCAAACAGUGAUGAUGUUCUGGACUCAGGAAAGUCAAUCAAAGGUUUCAACUUCAGAGAUGAACGGCUUAUGAAUGGGCAUUGGGUUAAUGAGCCCUAUUCAGAUGUGAUCCAGAAGUUCUUUAGAGUAUUAGCAAUCUGCCAUACGGCCAUUCCUGAAGUCAAUAAUGAAUCAGGCGAAAUUUCUUAUGAAGCUGAGUCCCCAGAUGAAGCUGCCUUUGUCAUAGCUGCGAGGGAGCUUGGCUUUGAGUUUUUUGAAAGGACACAAACGAGCAUCUCAUUGCAUGAAUUAGAUCAUGAUAGUGGCAAAAAGGUUGACAGAUCAUACAGGCUUCUGCAUGUUUUAGAGUUUACCAGUGCUCGUAAAAGGAUGUCUGUAAUUGUAAGGAAUGCAGAGAAUCAUUUGUUGCUCCUAUGCAAGGGUGCGGAUAGUGUGAUGCUUGAAAGGCUUUCCAAAGAUGGGCGUUUGUUUGAGGCUAAGAUCAAGGAGCAUAUCAGACAAUAUGCUGAGGCAGGCCUACGCACUUUGGUAGUUGCAUACCGUGAGCUUAGUGAAGAAGAGUAUAGAUUGUGGGAACUGGAGUUUCUAAAGGCCAAAGCUUCUGUCACUGCAGAGCGGGAUGAGUUGGUGGAUGCAGCUGCUGAUAAGAUUGAAGGAAGUUUAAUCCUCCUUGGUGCUACGGCUGUUGAGGACAAACUGCAAAAAGGGGUUCCUGAGUGUAUUGACAAGCUUGCGAAGGCUGGGAUAAAGAUUUGGGUGUUAACUGGUGACAAGAUGGAGACUGCAAUUAACAUUGGGUAUGCAUGUAGCUUACUAAGACAGGGAAUGCAGCAGAUUGUGAUCACAUUAGAUUCUCCAGAUAUAAAAGCUUUGGAAAAAGAAGGGGACAAGGAGGCCAUUGAAAAGGCUUCAAGUGCAAGCAUAACAAAGCAAAUAACAGAAGGAAAAUCCCAACUUAAUUCAGUUAAAGACAGUUCUGUCACGUUUGCGUUGAUAAUCGAUGGUCGAUCCUUACAUUUUGCUCUGAAGAAGAAUCUGGAGAUGUCAUUUUUGGAGGUUGCAAUUAAUUGUGCAUCUGUUAUUUGUUGUCGCUCCUCUCCAAAACAGAAAGCCCGUGUUACAAGAUUGGUGAAAAUGGAAACAGGAAAGACAACACUAGCUAUUGGUGAUGGAGCAAAUGAUGUUGGCAUGCUUCAAGAAGCUGAUAUUGGAGUUGGCAUUAGUGGGGUUGAAGGGAUGCAGGCUGUGAUGUCAAGUGACUUUGCGAUAGCUCAGUUUCGUUUUCUCGAACGAUUGUUAUUAGUGCAUGGCCACUGGUGUUACAGGCGGAUAGCCAUGAUGAUCUGCUACUUCUUCUACAAGAACAUUGCGUUUGGGUUCACUCUGUUUUGGUUUGAGGCCUAUGCAUCUUUCUCUGGCCAACCUGCUUAUAACGAUUGGUACAUGUCGUGCUAUAAUGUCUUCUUCACUUCACUUCCUGUGAUUGCUCUUGGUGUUUUUGAUCAGGAUGUUUCUGCACGACUUUGCCUCAAGAUCUGCUACUUCUUCUACAAGAACAUUGCGUUUGGGUUCACUCUGUUUUGGUUUGAGGCCUAUGCAUCUUUCUCUGGCCAACCUGCUUAUAACGAUUGGUACAUGUCGUGCUAUAAUGUCUUCUUCACUUCACUUCCUGUGAUUGCUCUUGGUGUUUUUGAUCAGGAUGUUUCUGCACGACUUUGCCUCAAGUAUCCUUUGCUGUAUCAAGAGGGAGUGCAGAACAUUCUCUUCAGUUGGAUCCGCAUACUUGGCUGGAUGUUUAAUGGGGUUAUCAGUUCCAUGAUAAUGUUCUUCUUCACGACCAAAGCCACCAUGCAUCAGGCCUUCCGAAGAGAUGGUCAAGUAGUCGACUUUGAAGUUCUUGGGGUUAUGAUGUAUACUUGUGUGGUGUGGACUGUGAACUGUCAAAUGGCAAUCUCCAUUAACUAUUUCACUUGGAUCCAGCACUUCUUCAUCUGGGGUAGCAUUGCUUUAUGGUAUUUAUUCUUAAUUGUUUAUGGUUCACUGCCACCAACAAUAUCAACAACAGCAUACCAGGUUCUUGUGGACGCCUGUGCUCCGAGUCCUUUCUAUUGGCUAGCCACCCUUAUGGUUGUUGUUUCCACACUCUUGCCAUAUUUCUCCUACAGGGCUUUUCAGACUCGGUUUCGACCAAUGUACCAUGAUAUAAUUCAGAUGAAGCGAUUAGAAAGUUCGGAUUCAGAGACUUUGGGCGAUUUGUCUGUCCGAAUGAAGGACAAAAUGGAGCAUCUGAAGGAGGGAUUGAAACACAGGGAGCCACGAUAA